AUGGUCCCCAUGCUCACUGACUUGAGACCAGUAAAACAGAGACUGGAGGAACAUCAACUACUGUUCGAUCAUCACCAAUUCCUGAGCCACUUCAAGGACAUCGGGAAUCAGAGAGUGGAGGAACAUCAACUACUGCUCGAUCAUCACCAAUUCCUGGACCACUUCAAAGGACAUUACUCAAUCGGGAAUCAGAGAGUGGAGGAACAUCAACUACUGCUCGAUCAUCACCAAUUCCUGGACCACUUCAAAGGACAUUACUCAAUCGGGAAUCAGAGAGUGGAGGAACAUCAACUACUGCUCGAUCAUCACCAAUUCCUGGACCACUUCAAAGGACAUUACUCAAUCGGGAAUCAGAGAGUGGAGGAACAUCAACUACUGCUCGAUCAUCACCAAUUCCUGGACCACUUCAAAGGACAUUACUCAAUCGGGAAUCAGAGAGUGGAGGAACAUCAACUACUGCUCGAUCAUCACCAAUUCCUGGACCACUUCAAAGGACAUUACUCAAUCGGGAAUCAGAGAGUGGAGGAACAUCAACUACUGCUCGAUCAUCACCAAUUCCUGGACCACUUCAAAGGACAUUACUCAAUCGGGAAUCAGAGAGUGGAGGAACAUCAACUACUGCUCGAUCAUCACCAAUUCCUGGACCACUUCAAAGGACAUUACUCAAUCGGGGUAAGUUUCUAAUUGGUUGUUUUUUAGAACAUUUUUCUUUCAUUA